AUGGUGGCUCUUUCGAGAAAGCGUAAGUUAGCAUCGUAUGCCAAGUCAAAGGCAGUUUCUGCAAAGCGGGCACGUCGAUCACACUCAUUGGAAUGGUUGAGAGCUUCUAGAAUGAAGGUGAUCAACAAGAUCCAAUCGCCUGUCCAUGUUCCUAUGGAUUUUUUUAUAUGGGGAUCAGGUGCUAUGUGUGAAUUGGGUCUUGGGCCAGCAGCCAAGACAAAAGAGGUUAAAAGGCCGAGAUUAAAUCCGCUUCUCAAGAAGGAUGAGGUGGGAAUCGUCGACUUUGCCCCUGGAGGAAUGCAUACUUUGGCUUUAGACAAGGACAACCGUGUGUGGUCUUGGGGUAAUAAUGAUAUGGGUGUUUUGGGAAGAGACACGUCACAUGCCAAGGAAGUUCUUAGAGAUGCAGAUGCUAGUGACGGCGAUGAUGAAGAUGCAGAUUUGAAUGAGGCAGAGUCCACUCCUGGCCUUGUUGAGGGAUUACCUAAGGAAGGUAAGAUUAUCCAGCUUAUUGCGACGGAUAAUUUGUCCGCCGUUUUGCUUUCCAGCGGGGAGGUGUAUGCGUGGGGUACUUUCCGUUGUAACGAAGGUGUUUUGGGAUUUAGCAGAGAUGUUAAAGUGCAGAAGACUCCUGUUAGGAUUGAGAACUUUGACAAUAUCGUUCAAUUGGCUGCUGGAAAAGACCAUAUAUUGGCCCUAGACACCAAGGGUAUUGUAUAUGCUUGGGGAAAUGGUCAGCAAUCUCAAUUGGGACGAAAGAUCAUUGAAAGAACGAGGAUGGCAUCGCUUGAACCGCGUUCCUUUGGCUUGAAGAACGUGAAGUUCAUCGGAUCUGGUGAGUAUCAUUCAUUUGCAAUUACCUAUGAAGGCAAGGUUUUUACUUGGGGUCUCAAUCAGUUUGGACAGUGUGGUAUUGCCACUAACAUCGAGGAUGGGUCUAUUAUUACUAGGCCAACAGAGAUUCAAGAGCUUUCUGAUAAGGACAUUGUGUAUAUUACGGGUGGAGAGCACCAUACUUUGGCCCUCUCGUCUUCUGGUGAGGUUUACGUAUUUGGUAGAUAUGACAUGAAGGAGAUUGGUAUCGCCAAGGAUAAACUUCCUUUGGACGAUUGCAUCAAGGAUGCCCGUGGGGCCGUUAGAUGUCUUCCUGUUCCAACGAAAUUGACCACUUUGCCGCCCAUCAAGUCCGUUUCGGCAGGUCCACAUCACUCGUUGGCUUUAACUAGAGACGGAAUUGUGUUUGCCUGGGGAUUUGCCGAUACUUUUGCUGUCGGUCUUGGUAUGUUAGACGAAGACGUUGACCGUCCUACUAGAAUUAGUAAUACUGCCACUAAAGAUCAUUCUAUAGAACUUAUUGGCUGUGGCGGUCAGUUCAGUGCCAGCGCAGGUAAUAGAUUGGACGAAAAGGACGUUGAUGACAGAAAACAGAAAGUAGACUUGUUUGAAGAGUCUUGA